AUGAAAAUCCUACCUGCAACAACCAGUCUUUAUGGACACAUUACCGCCAUGAGCGCAGCGGUCAAGAAGGGCAUCGAAGCGUCUGGAGCUACAUGCGACAUCUAUCAGGUCUCCGAGACUCUCAACGACGAAGUUCUUUCCAAAAUGGGUGCUCCACCCAAGCCAGACUUCCCCGUAAUCACACCGGACAAGAUGCUCGAAUACGAUGGAUUCAUGUUUGGCCUUUCCGGUCGUUUCGGAACUUUCCCAGCCCAGAUGAAGACUUUUUUUGAUUCGUGCGGUGGUCUAUGGCAGAAAGGGUCCCUCACGGGUAAGGCAGCCGGUACAUUUACCAGUGUCGGUACCAUGGGCGGAGGCCAAGAAACGGUAAAUCUUUCUUGCGUUCCUUUCUUCACCCACCAAGGUAUGAUUUUUGUCCCUUUGGGAUACGUGGAACCCAAGGUUUUCACUUUUGAAGAGAUUCAUGGAGCAUCAGCGUAUGGAUGUGGAACCUUUGCUGGUGUCGACGGCAGCCGCCAACCCACCGACCUGGAGAAGGAGAUUGCCGAAACUCAUGGAAAGCACUUUGCCUCGAUUGCGGCCAAGCUCGUCUAG